AUGUCAUCCUCCACUGUUUGCCAUACCCAACCCGUUGACGCGGGGAACACAUCAAACAUUGACCACGCCCACCUCACAGUAGCCACACCUCGUCGCCUGGCCCCGCCCACUCAGGUGUGGAUCGUGUACGAACAUGAGGCAAAGCUUUGCGCUAUUGGAGAACGUUGUGCGACAGUUGGAGGAGUAGCCAAAUGUAUGCAGAACUUCGAUUCUUCUCGACACGACUGCCCUCGGAUUAUUGGUGGGAUCUGCACUAUUCGGUGCGACAAAGACAGCGAUUGUUCAGGCAAUCGGAUCUGUUGCCCAAAUGGAUGCGGUCGUGAAUGCAUGUCUCCAUUAGGAAGAUUCCAUAUCGAACCCGAUCUGGCAAUAAAACCAGUACAAUCAAAUUCCUUCCAUCAACCAGUAGCUGUAAUUAGUGCUGUUCCCACGAGAAGUGAACCUAUACGACCGACAAACACAACCCUAUCGCCAGUCUCUUUUCAGAUAGACCGAUCCCGCCAUGUUAAUGAGGUCCCUGCUGCUCGAGAAAAAAUUGGAAUGUGUCCACCCGGAGGUGAUGAAAAAAUGUGCAGCACUUACGCAAAAUGUUCACAUGAUUUCGAAUGUAUGGAUGUGGAGAAAUGUUGCACGAACGUUUGUGGUACUGUAUGUGUUAAUCCAACGAAAGCUACAAAUUGCGCACACUUUGUCAUAGCGGUGAAAAGACUCCCAGAACAAAAGCUUAGGAAUGGAUAUAUCCCGAAAUGUGACGAAAGAGGCAAGUUCGCACCCAUACAAUGCGAUCAACGUCAAUGUUGGUGUGUUGACGUAAAUUAUGGAACGGAAAUUGCUGGUUCGGCGGUCGGGAUCUCCAUGAAAAGAGGGGACAUGUGUCGAGAGCUCCGUCUUUGUGGUGUAAAAUGUUCGAAACAAUGUCCACAUGGUUUGAAGAUGACCGUAUUCGGUUGUCCAGAUCCAAGUUGCGAAUGCAAGGAUAUUUGCGAAGAUGUGCGAUGCAGUAACGGAGCAGACACUUGUCAAUUGAUUGAACCGGAUUGUUCACAUCCACCAUGUCUCCCUGUUCCACGAUGUCUCAUCAAUCCAUGCCCAAGCGGUCCACCAAUGACUCUUCAUAAUGGUGUCACAGCGCUAUGUGCGACUUCCGAUCAAUGUACUCACGAUCAUUGGUGCCACAAGAUCGGCUACAAUGGUCUCGGAUUCUGUUGCAAUGGUCCAAAAAUCCCUAAACGAGCCGAAUGUCCAGCUGUAAUGCCGUUGAAAGAUGGCCGAUGUUCUUCCACAUGUAGCACGGAUCAUGAUUGCCCAAAUGGAAAAUGCUGUUUUGAUGGAUGUGGCCUCACAUGCUAUCCACUCCAAGCUCCAGGACAACCAUUGAAGUCGAUCGUACCGCAGCGAAAAGUUCUAUUCAAACCGGCAGAUGUUGCACGUCACAAUAAAGGCAUGUUAUCGUCUCUUAGCGCCGAUUGUCCAUCAUCGGUUGAAAAAUCACUUCUGGAGAAGUUGACAAACUGUUCGUCCGCUUGCGAAUCGGACGAGGAUUGUGCUGGCUUGAAACGUUGUUGUCGUAUCGGAUGUUCCACCCAGUGCCUCUAUCCAGUUCGAACAACUCCUUGCUUUCACUUCGCCUUAACCACCGAGCUGUAUCAGAUACGAAAAGCAAAACGAUGCGAUCGUGCGGGAAAGUUUGAACCUAUCCAGUGCGACGAUGAUGGAUGCUUCUGUGUGGAUAUAGGAAAUGGUGAGGAGGUAACCGGGACACGUACCUCGAACGAUGCUCCCAACUGCAAAACUGCAAACGCCUGUCCUGAAAUGAUUUGCCGUACCGCUUGCCCCUAUGAUUUCGAAAAGGAGCCGAACGGAUGUCCAUCGUGCAGAUGUAAGAAUCCUUGUGCAGAGGUAAAAUGCCCGCAAGGAAGUUUCUGCAUUAUGGCAGCAGUAAGUUGUUUCCAAACGGAGAACUGCCCACCGCAGCCAAGAUGUGUGCUGAAUCUUUGUCCUCGUGGAGAACCGCAUAUUUCUCCUGUGGGAGUUGUGGAAACAUGUAGUGCUGAUGAUCAAUGUCCGUCAAAUUUUUGGUGUCAUCAGGUCGGGUUUUCUUCGUCUGGUAUCUGUUGUCCGUCUCCUUCUCGCCACGUUCAUAAUGGUAUAUGUCCUGCGGUCGCACCGCUACUGGAUAGAGCUGGCGUCUGCCGAUUCGACUGUCGAGCAGACGACGAUUGUGCAGGAACCGAGAAGUGUUGUUAUGACGGGUGCGGGAUGCGCUGCAAGGAAGUUUUCGUGAGUGGUAUGGUGGAGACUGGUGAAGGCAGGAAGCAGGAAUUAGUCAAGCCAGGAGUCUGUCCUUAUUUCGACGAGAGGCAAUGUCGCGACCACUCACAAGUUAAUCAAUGCGGGUCCGACGAAGAUUGUGCAGGUGUGCAAAAAUGCUGCUCUGAUGGAUGCACGAAAAAAUGCUUGUAUCCGGAAAAUAACAGUGCAUGUAUGCAAGCUAAGGCCGCCUUACAGAUGAUCGGACAAGCAACGAGAAUUCAAUGUAGACCAGAUGGCUCUUUCGAGGAAGUUCAAUGCGAUUCUGACUAUUGUUGGUGUGUGAAUCAGUACGGUGUUGAGGUGGAAGGCACUCGUAUAUCCGAUGAUAUUGCACCGAACUGUCGUUCUCCUCGUAAAUGUCCGAUUCCACUUUGUACGCAUGAUAUUUUCUGCAAAUUUGGUCUCAGGAAAGAUUCGAAUGGUUGUGACAAGUGUGAAUGCAGUAGUCCAUGUGAUGGAGUGGUGUGUCCGGACACGUCCGUUUGUGUGCCUGCUCCUGUAGAAUGUGUCGCUGGACCUUGUCCAGAGGUUCCGAGAUGUGUGGUUAAUCCAUGUCUCAGCGGCUCUCCAUUGGUAGAUUCAUCAACAGCUCAACAUAUUAAGUGCACUAAUAACAGUGGAUGUGUUGGCUCUAAUGCUCCUGCUUACUGUAGCCAUUACAAAAAUGACCGUGGAGUUUGUUGUCCAGGAAAAGAACCUCAUUGGUCACCCGGUACGUGCCCACAGGGGAUUUUGUCCAACGGUGAUUGCUCCCGGCAAUGUCUUCUGGAUGAACAGUGUGCUCCAGGUCAAAAAUGUUGUUUCAACGGUUGCGGAUUGUCAUGUGUGGCUGCCGUAUUUUCCGCACCUCCUCCACCAACGAUUCAUGUAGGAGAUUGCUUAGAGACAAAGCAUUUGGGAGCUUUUUGUGUGCAAAGAGCUAAGGAUUCGGAGUGUUCCGUGGAUACAGAUUGCCCAUCUCUUAGAAAAUGCUGCAGUGACGGGUGUGUUCGUCGAUGCGUUCUUCCCGAUGUGACCACACAUUGCAUCCACGCUCGACUAGCCGCGCUAGCCAUCCGAGACUCUUUUGACAAUAGUGCGCACGUGCCUGAUUGUGACUCGAAUGGCGAAUAUCUGCAGGUCCAGUCUCACUAUGCUCUAAAAUGGUGCGUCGACAAACAUGGAAAGGAAGUACCAGGAACGAAAUCCACUACGCAACCGAACUGUAAACUGCCACGAUCGUGCCCGGUGCGCGCGUGUAACAAACAUUGUCCUUUCGGGCUCCGCACCGAUAACGAUGGAUGCUCCUUGUGUGACUGUGUUACUCCUUGCGAUAUGGUGCAAUGCCAAGCCGGAUUUGUGUGCCGAAUGGUGGAGCCUCGAUGUUACACGAAAGAAUGUGCUGCUGUUCCGCGAUGUAUUCCAAAUUCUUGUCCAUCCGGAGAACCUCUCAUCUUGACGCAUAGCGGAGUUCUAGUAGAAUGCAGUGGAGGGAAAAGUUGUCCUGCUGGAUAUUUUUGCAGCCAAAGUGGGUACGAAGGGAGAGGUUUCUGUUGUGGUGGUGUCGCCCCAGCUCCACCAUCAAUCUCGUGUCCACCUUUUCCGAUCACUGCAAAUCCCGUGGAUUCUUCCACAUGUGUUAUUAGUUGUCGUCGACCUUCCGAUUGUAUAAAAUCAGUGUGUUGCUUCAAUGGAUGCGGUACGAGUUGUCAAUUUGAAACUGGGAAAAUGUUGGCACCCACUGGGCCACCGGCAACGGUUCACAUUCUUCCAACGGAGAGCCCAAGGGUGGUGGUGUCUGUUGAUAAUGGAUCACAAAUCCAACCUGCCGAUAAAAUGGUAACCAGUUCUUCUGUGGAUUGGAAAGCUGUUAACGUUCCUGUCGUUUAUCCACAGCGUACCUUCGCUAUUAAUCCUGUGCAGUCGCAGAAGAAGCAUCCCAUCAUACCUGGCUUCCCCAACUCUGCUGUCGCUGUGAUUGAUUCAGCCGGAUCGCCGCCUACCAUGGGUUCAUUUCAGAAACCUGGCCCCAUAUCCGCUCCUCAGAAAGUGGGCACAUGUCCAUCCUUAUUGCUAAAUCCUGGAUGUCGUGAGGAAUGUCUCACUGAUGCUGAUUGUGUAGCGUUCUCGAAAUGUUGCAAAGCGAGUUGUGGAACUAAAUGUGUAGAACCGACGGUCACCAGCACAUGUCUACAUCGGUUAGCAGCUUUCAGUAGGGAGUGGCCUCAUCUCCCACCGCCUGUUCAAUGCUCAGCGAAUGGUGAAUUCCGUGAAAUGCAAUGCAAUUUCAAAACAAGGCAAUGCUGGUGUGUGGAUAGUUCAGGGGUUGAACUAAUUGGAACGAGAACCGCUAACGAUCACGAAACACCACAAUGCAAACGACCGAAAAUUUGCUCAGUGUCUUGCACGCACUCAUCUUGCACUUACGGUGUACAGUUGGAUGCGAAUGGAUGUCCUCAUGAUGGUGUCUGUUUAUGCCGAAAUCCAUGUGAUGAUUUCACCUGUUCCUCCCGCAAGACCUGCGCACUGGUCACAGUCAAAUGCGACCGAAGCCCAUGCCUUCCAGUACCAAAAUGUAUCGCCACGCCAUGCUAUUCCAAAAAUCUUAUCACGGACCUAUACGGGAAUGCGUUCUCUUGUCGUUCCGGCGACUGUCCUCGAGGUGAAUGUUUGACGGCAGUUGGUGAAGACGUUGGAGUGUGUUGUCAGAUGCCAGAAACAACAACGACACCUGAACAUUUGAUGAGAAAAUCUAAUUGCAUUUUAUAUCGUGCUGCGGUUGAAGAACUUCGUAGGCGUAACGCUGUGGAUAUGCCUCCACCGACAUGCGAUCCGAAUACAGGACUGUUUUCAAGAAUACAGUGCGAUAAUUCCGGAACAUGCUGGUGCGUAGACGUCGAAUCGGGCCGAGAAACCCCGGGAACUCGAAGGGAGAAGUCAGUUGGGCAGAAUGUUUGUGAAGGUUCACGAAUUUGUCCACGGCAGUGCCCAUCCACCUUGUGCCCAUAUGGUCUAGCUCUCGAUAAGGACGGAUGUCCACUGUAUGACUGCGGUUGUACGUCACCCUGCGAUCCAGUUACUUGUAAAGCCGGUGAAGUAUGUGUGCUACGAACUCCUCAGUGCUCCUCAACUUCAACAUGUAUCCCUAUCCCCACAUGUGAAAAUUCACCGUGUAACGUUGGUGAUCGGCCAGCGGUGGAUCCACGAACUAAGCGACAAUUCUCGUGUCGUGAAUCCGGUGAAAUCUGUCCUACAGGAUUCUAUUGCACCGGAUUCGAUCCAGAAGGAACUGGAGUGUGUUGUCCGGGUAGAGAGCCACUCGUGACUAAGGCGAAGGUAUCCAGUUGUCCACACGGUGAUCCUUUUGCCAGUUCCUCUGACGGUACACCUAUGGCAUGUUCUGCUAUGGUCAACACUUGUCCCUCGACUCAUUUCUGCUCAGCGAAGCCAGGCGAGAAAAUCGGAGUAUGCUGCGUCUCUAAACGUCACGUAUGCGUCCUAAAUCCUGACCGGGGUCCAUGUUCGGUGUCGGUGCCUCGAUACUUCUAUUCUCCGGUGAAUCAAACCUGUACACGAUUCGAAUACGGUGGUUGUGCCGGAAAUCUGAAUAAUUUCGCCACUCGCGAACAUUGCGAAAACUUUUGUGAAGGUGUCGCUUCGGAUUUUCUCACAGCAUAUCACGAUGAGACUUCAAACGCUGUUGAAACCUAUGAGCUUGGUUUUUCUCUCACUGGUCCACAAAUUCCCGCGGGUGCACGGAAAAGAGCACAACAAUCGCUGGCUCAAUUCCUUUCCGAACGAUUCUCGUUACCAAGCGCCUCUAUCGAAGAUGUUGUCAUUCUGGAUGAUAACACAGCUCGUUUCACCGUCAAAGAUGUUCAUGCAAGUGAAAUCGCUAAGAAUAUCUCUGAAGCGGUGAAUGCAGGCUUGGAAUUCUACCUGAACGGGAAUUAUUAUCGUGCCGAGCCACAUACUUGGUUUGCACAUCAGUUGGCCGAACGUACCGUAUCGAAUGCAGCGAAGACAGUUUUCUGGAUCCUACUUGCUGCAGCUGUACUAUUUGCAGUGGUUGUCGUCCUCGCGUUUAUUGGAACUUGUGCAUAUAUCUUUUCCUCAUCGAGGAAUAAAGACACGAAUAGCUCAGCUCGUGGUAGCACGCCAUCGAAUUUCGCUUCGAACAGUUUACUCAGUGGACGACCGCAACGGCGCCUACAAUUGCAGCAGGAGUCACGCUUCCCCUCAAACGCUACCACUCGAUCGGUGCGGUCCAUCCCACAAAUCCCGUCCAUAACCAUUCCAAGAUCACGCACUGACACUUAUUAUUGA